AUGCUAAUGCAGAUUUCUUGACAACCGUUCGUAAAAAUUAUCUAACCUUAUAUUUCUCUUAUUCAAUAAAAAGGAAAAAUUUGUAUUAAGUUUUACAAUGUUGUCUUUUUCAAGAAGUUUGUCAUCAACUAUUUCACAAUUCUCUUUUAAAAUUCAAAAUCAAACACCAUCAUUAAACUAUGGUCGACAAUUUUCAUUAACAAUAUUGCGUCAUUGCACAUCUAGUGAAAAACCUGCAGAUGAACCCAUCUCUCAAUCGAGGGAAGACGUCGAAUUGACUGCUGAAGAAUUAAGAAAACAAAGUUUAGAUCGCACUAAAGUGAUCCCUGUGGAAACAAGCUUAAGAUACUUAAAAAGUGCCGCUUAUCAAGAAUCGUAUGGUAAUUACUUGGUCUGGCAACAAUACCGCCGAAACCAUAAAGGAAUAUUCGCUCCCAAAAAAACUCGCAAAACCUGCAUACGACAAGGAAAAAUAUCAUGCGGAAAUCCAUGUCCAAUAUGUCGCGAUGAAUACUUAGUCCUCGAUCACAGAAAUAUUGAACUCUUGAAACAAUUCAUAUCUCCACAAACCGGCCAAGUUUUGAGCUAUUCCAAGACUGGGCUUUGCCAAAAGAGGCAUUUUGAAUUACUUGUGGCUGUUGAACGUGCCAUGGACUAUGGACUUUUAACUUUUGAUGUUCCAUUCAGACAAUUCGAUUAUUCUGAAUAUUAUUCACAUCUUAAGGAAAAAACAUUAAAAGCAUAA